UCUUCUCCGCCGAUGCUGCCAGACUUGCUGAGUUUUUCCAGGUAAUUCUGUUUUUGUUAUGGGCAAUAAACGCUGGCUUAACCAGUGAUGCCCACAUCCUAUGAAUGAAUAAAAAAAAAGGUUACUAUUCACUUUAUAAUGUAACACAAUGAACCUGAAAACAAUCUAUGUCCCACACACAAUGUUUUCUCAGUGUCUACAGCUCUCUCCUAGAGUGUUCAAUCUGACAGAGUGAUUACUGACUGCUGGUUACUUCCAGUUUUCGAUGGACCCGUGAUGUCAUCCAGUCACUCUCAGUGCAAGCUAAAAAUCUACAGCUGCACAAGUGCCAUCACUUGCAAUGGUGUCACCCUCACCCGUCCAUUCUUAGUGAGCAAAAUAUCACUUAUCCUUACAGCUCAAAUUAUAAAAAUAGCCAAUGUUGUGGACUUGUCAAAUUUAGGUUCGGGGAAAGUGGUUGUGCACUUGCAAGAUCUCAUCACUGAGAAUGGUGUGUGUAGGCUCCUCAAUCUUCACCAUUUACAGGGUAGUUGGCCAAGACUCCAGGAAUGCCAAAGGGAGAAAGGUAGAAAAAGAAGUAGGCCGUUCAGCCCUUUGAACCUGUUCCCUCAUAUUAUCUCACUCUAUUGGUUUGUGUGGGAAAUGCUGCGGAACACAAGCAGUUUUGUUUGUACAAUAUUUUAAGUGGUUUUGUAAAUAACUCUUACCUGUUUUAGGCCAAAUUAAGGUUUCAAUCAAUAGUCAAUCUCUAAUUAAUGGUUUAUGUUUGGGAAAAAAAGCAGCUCAUGAUUUUUACACCAAAUCUCUUGAUUUUAUAUUUCUGUCUUGAUUUGAUUUGGUGGGAUUAGCACUAUAUUUCGACAAAAUAAAUAAAAAUAAACGAAAUUGCAUGUUCUUUGUUUCCAACUUGAAUUUUCUCUAGGCAGCGCCCUCUGCUGCCCGGAGGAGCACAGAGACAGCAGACUCAGCGCCCUCUGCUGCCCGGAAGAGCGCAGAGACGGCGGGCUCAGCGCCCUCUGCUACCCAGGACUAUCCUGCGGUGGGCUCAGCGCCCUCUGCUGCCCGGAGGAGCCCAGAGACAGUGGGCUCAGCGCCCUCUGCUGUCCGGAGGAGCUCAGAGACGGCGGGCUCAGCGCCCUCUGCUGCCCCGAGGACUAUCCUGCGGCGGGCUUAGCGCCCUCUGCUGCCCGGAGGAGCCCAGAGACGGUGGGCUCAGCGCCCUCUGCUGCCCGGAGGACUAUCCUGGCGGCGGGUUCAGCGCCCUCUGCUGCCCGGAGGACUAUCCUGGGGCCGGUUCAGUGAGCUGCAUUAUGUCGGUGGGGAAUGCGGAAUCGGUUCAGGGGAUGAAGUGUGAAGUUGUGGCAAAGUGAAUUAAUUAUUCGCUGGGAAUGUCGACUCGUUUGCUGAAGGUGGUGCCGAAGCUGCAGGAUCGGCAGCAGAACGGGUAAUUCACCUCGUGCUUGAGCAAGGAAACUUGAUUUACCGCAUCUUCUCUUCUACCCUUUUCAACCUUGGUGCUGUCCUGACUCUGGAUCUGACCCUCCAUCUAACUUUCUCACUAUAAAAGUUUAUAGAUGGAACUGCUCCAGAUCAGAUGUCUCCUCCUGACUAUCUUCGCUGCCUCCAUUGGUGGCACCUUCCAAUACGGGUUUAACCUGACAAUCAUCAAUGCACCAACAACUUUCAUCCAAAACUUUAUCAAUGAGACUUGGACUGAGCGCUAUGGCAUGCAGCUAGAGGGCUGGGUCAUCACACUACUCUGGAGCUUCAUUGUGGCCGCUUUUUCUAUCGGAGGAUUAGUUGGAGCCCUUAUUACUGGACCCAUGGCCAUAAGAUUUGGAAGGAGAAAUUUGAUGCUGCUAAGCAAUGUUUUCAUAUUCGUUGGUGCUUUGAUAAUGGGGCUAAGCAGAACAGCCAAAUCCUUUGAGAUGAUUUUAAUCGGGAGAUUCUUUACUGGAAUAAAUGCAGGUGUGGGAAUGAACAUUAACCCCCUGUAUCUCGGAGAGAGUGCACCAAAGGAAAUCCGAGGCAUGGUGGCCCUGUCAUUUGCUCCAUUCACUGCAGCUGGAAUAGUGCUGGGACAGACCGUCGGAAUUAAGGAGAUUUUGGGCAGUGAAGAAUUGUGGCCUCUACUGCUGGCGUCCUGUGCAGUGCCGGCUCUAAUCCAAAUCAUCACUCUGCCAUGGUGCCCAGAGAGCCCCAGGUACCUGCUGAUUGACAGGGAAAACGAGAACUUGUGCGUGAAGGCAUUGAAGAGAUUACGUGGUGAUGUUGACCUCACCACAGAAAUGGAUGAACUGCUGGAGGAACAAACGGCGCUGAAAGGCCAAAGUGCAAAAGGACUAUGGGAUCUUUUCCAAGACCGCUCUGUCCGGUGGCAGUUGAUCAUCACCUUGGUGCUGGGCAGCGCAAUACAGUUGUGUGGGAAUGACAUUGUAUAUUUCUACGCUGUGUAUGUGUUUCGUGCUGCAGGAAUUCCCAAUGAAAAGAUCCAGUAUGUUACAAUUGGAACUGGGUGCUGUGAGUUCAUCACUGCAGUAACAAGUAACCUGUUUAUUGACCGGAUUGGGCGCAGAGUGCUACUUAUGGGAGGUUACAGUUUGAUGGUUGGUUUUGGAAUAUUGUUCACCAUCUCAUUGACUCUCCAGAUCAAGAUCAGCUGGAUGCCAUACAUGAGCAUGAUUUGUAUCUUUGCAUCCAUCUUAAGCUUUGGAAUUGGACCAGCUGGAGUAACUGGGGUCAUACCGAUGGAGAUCUUUGACCAAACUGCACGGCCAGCAGCCUACAUGAUCAAUGGCUCUCUGCUCUGGAUAAACCUUAUUGUUGUAGGAAUGACUUUCCCAUUCAUUAUUGAGGGAUUGGGCAGUUUCUGUUACGUGCCAUUCAUUUGCCUGAGCUUGGUCGCAGCUUUAUUCAUUGGAAUCUUCCUGCCAGAAACAAAGGGGAAGUCCUUUUUGGAAAUUUCCAAGGAGUUUCACAAACGUAAUUUCAAUGGGAUCAGCGAGUUGUGACUUGUGAAAAUAUUGUAAUUACUAGUGCAUAUAUCUGUAUGGUUGUGGUUGCAUGACUUCAUUUGUAGAGUCUGGCUGGCUGAUGGCUAGUCUAGCUUUCCUAUUAUCUGUUUCACUGGAUUGAGAGCUCGUGGCAGAUGAAGGUUUAUAUUGCAUGUUCAUGCAAAUACCCAAUCUCUAUUUCCUUUCCAAUGUCCUUUAUCAUGCAAUUUUGAAGAAAGGAUAGUGAGAGACAAUAUAGCCUUAAUAGCACAAUUCUAAAUAGUAUAGAGGGACAGAGGGACCUGGGGGUUGAUGUACAUAAAUCUUUGAAGUUGGCAGGACAUAUUGAGAGAGUAGUUAGCAAAACAUAUAGGAUCUUGGGCUUCAU